CCUUUCCAUCAGUCUUCAGGGUCAGUGAGUAGUGAGUGAGGACCAGAGAGAUCUGGACUGCCAAAAAGGUCACCAUCUCAGGAGACUGGCAGGACAGGAUACCUCGCCUCUCCUGUGCAAGGAUGGCAGGAGGAAGAAGGGAGCACGUGACUGCCAGCCUGCGGAAGACCUUUGGAAUGGCAGACACAAGCGAGAAAACUUUCCCUGGAACGCCGGAAACUUUUUCCUGCGCACGCAGUGUCUGGGACGGAGGCGUGUGGCGGCUGUGCUCGGCUCGGCUCGGGUGACUCACGCCGGGGACCCCAAGGGGGAAAGAGCAUUUUAUCUCGGAGGGAAGACCUGCUUUUCAAGGAACAGCACGUUCAACAUGGAGCACAUUCCCCAGCACUUCAACGUGCCAUUGGCUGCCAGGCUGUAGCAUUUGACUGCUCCUUCACCCAUCAGUGUUUUAUAUUUAUUAUAUGUCAGAAAUGUAAUUGCUCCAUAAUGGUGCAUCUCAGCUACUGCCUGCGUCUAGACUUUCUGGCUUACCAUUGAGUAAGCAUUGCAGAAUCACUGUGGAUGACAUUCAUGGGCCACACCCAAAACCAUGUGCAUUCCAAGAAAAUUGAUGUUUAAGUGGGGCCAUCAAGGUGUUGGCUCAGAGUGGGGUUUUAAAGAAAGCCCAGAAGCAGCGUUGGGAGAAGCCUUUUCUGUGGGUGGCCAGAAACGUCUGGUCCUGAAGACACAGCGCAAUCCUCACCUGGACUUAUGACCCGAGGCCUUGCUCCCCUCCUGCCCAUUGAGUUCCACAAGAUGGGCUCCUUCCGCCGUCCCAGACCACGAUUCAUGAGCUCCCCCGUACUCAGCGAGCUGCCCCGCUUCCAGGCCGCCCGGCAGGCUCUGCAGCUGAGUUCCAACUCUGCCUGGAACAGUGUGCAGACAGCUGUGAUCAACGUUUUCAAAGGGGGCGGCUUGCAGAGCAAUGAGCUGUAUGCACUGAACGAGAACAUCAGGCGACUGCUGAAGAGCGAACUUGGAUCCUUCAUUACAGACUAUUUCCAGAACCAGCUUCUUGCAAAAGGACUGUCCUUCGUGGAGGAGAAGAUCAAGGAGUGUGAAGGUGACAGUCGGAUUGAGGUUCUGGCUGAAGUCUGGGACCACUUCUUCACCGAGACUCUCCCCACCCUGCAGGCGAUAUUUUAUCCAGUUCAGGGACAGGAGCUGACCAUCCGCCAGAUCUCCCUGCUGGGCUUCCGGGACCUGGUCCUGCUGAAGGUGAAGCUGGGUGACUUGCUGCUGUUGGCACAGUCCAAGCUGCCCUCAUCCGUUAUACAAAUGCUGCUCAUUCUGCAGAGUGUUCAUGAGCCCACAGGCCCAAGUGAGGGCUAUCUGCAGCUGGAGGAGCUGGUGAAGCAGGUGGUGUCUCCCUUCCUUGGCAUCAGUGGGGACCGCAGCUGCACAGGCCCCACGUACUCACUGGCCAGGAGGCAUUCCAGGAUCCGGCCCAAGGUGACUGUCCUCAACUAUGCCUCUCUGAUGACCUCAGUUGGACGGCCACUGAAUGAGAUGGUCCUGACUCCACUAACAGAGCAGGAAGGAGAGGCGUACCUGGAGAAGUGUGGCAGUGUUCGGCGGCACACAGUGGCCAAUGCCCACUCGGACAUCCAGCUGCUGGCCAUGGCCACCAUGAUGCACUCAGGGUUAGGGGAGGAGGCUGACAGCGAGGACAAGCACCUGCUCCUGCCGCCCAGCUUCCCACCGCCACACCGCCAGUGCUCCAGUGAGCCCAGCAUCCCCGAUAGCCCUGAUGAACUGGAACUAGAAGAUGGAGCAAGUGGCAGCCAGGAGGACUCAGAGAUGAACUGUGCUUCCCUCAGCUGAGCGGACCUCUCCAGGAUUUCCGCAUCCCUACUUUGUAGCCAGGAUGAGGACUAUGUGGAUGUAUCUCCUCCAUGGAUCACCAAGGGGCUCUUGCUUUGAGUGGCACUGCCUUGUUUCUUAGGGCACAAGCCAAGUCUCCAUGCCCCCGGGAAACACCUGUAACCUCCCCCCCCCCACACACACACACACUGUGGUGUCUGUGGCUAGCUCCUCAUGCCACUGUUCUCCUGACUUCCAGCCUCACCUGCUUCACCUGGAUCCUCUUCUCUGGGCCCUUCCCAUCCUAUUGGACUGGCUGAUGCUCCUAGUAUAUAAUGCUCUGGCAUUGCUGUCUCAGAAGCUGGCACCACACAUGAGCAUCUAGAAUGUGCCAGCCCUUGCUGUUCCCCUAAUGAUCCAUGAAGCAGAAGCCAAGGGGUAGAAGGAGUAGUAGAGGUUCUGUAUAACAUGGAAGUCAACUGUAGCCCAUGCCGCACAUGGUCCUGGGAAUGUGUCCUUAUCACUUACUUUAAUUGCAGUGUCCUUGAAAGCAUUAUCCUACUCGUGGGUGAGGGUCCAUCCUUACGUAUGUCCAGAUGUCAUGUGCUGUCUACACAAAGGGCUUUAACCUAGCAGAAUCUCUGUCUUGGACUCAGCCUCAGCAUGUCGCUCUCAGGCUUCUUCCCAGUCUCCAGGAAUGAGCUUUCUCCGUCACUGGUGCCUUACUCCUCUAGUUUCAGGAACGGGCUGACCACUUUCCUGCUGUGCCUAAGACAGCAACUGACCUAGUCUGUACCUGGAUUUCACUUGAAUUUGUAAAACGUGUAUUGUUUAAAAAAAAAAAAAAAAACAUGUUCAUGAAUAUUUGCACAUAAGACCUUGCACUGCUCAUUUCCAGUGGAGUGUUUGCAGACUAAACGCAGUGGGCCCCUUCAGAAAGUGGUGAAAUAGCUCAAAACAAAAGGCUGAGUAGCGGACAGGACUCACAUACCUCAGAGCUCUGGGGGAGCUCUGGAAUGACCUGUGUUCUAAGUGUCUUGGCUUCUAGGGAAGGCUAUGCUGGAGCAAGAAGCCUGCCUCUUGAGUGGAGAAGUAGAGUGACUGGAAUGUGUCUGGGCUUUUACAUGGACAGAGAGACAUGGGCAUGUGGGCACGUUUUAUUUGGAAGGACAUUUAUUCUCUGAGAUUACAGAAGUACGCAGAAAUGUCUGGGAUUCCUGUCACAUCUGUCUCAUGAUGCUAUUUGAGGCAGCUUGCUUUGUUACUGUGCUCGGUCCUUAUUAAUGUUCUCUUCAGGUUGGGGAAGGGAACAUUUUUGUCUAUGUUGAAUCUCUGGCUUCCUCUUUGUAGUUGUCUGUUGGUCUUGCUAAUAGAAGCUCAGAAAAACAUAGAAAGUUUCUCCUGAUCCUGCUCUUGACAUGUGCUGCCCUUUCAGGAUCUGGUCAGUCUUUGGAAAUUUUGUUGAUGGAAUCUCAAUAUAUAACCCACCAAUAGAAGAAGAGGCCAUUCAGGCUCAUCUAAGCCUUGAUAGUGUCACCCUUGUGGGCAAAGAUCUGAAAUACGACCACAGCUGUGCUUUUGAUGCAUUCUACUUUAAAAAUCUAAUUUAAAAAAAAAUGUUUUAAUUUUGUCCUUCCAAGAGAAAAUGACAAAAGAGAGAUGUCUACCUGUCACAGAAAUGUCUAAAUGUUACACACUGUGCUCAUGCACUUGCACACACACAUGCACCCAUCCAUGUACACACAAUGUGUGAACCCAUAUAUGUGCAUGCGCAUGCGCACACACACACACACACACACACACACACACACACACACACACACACACA